CAAUCGUUUUCAAAGUUUCGUAAUCGGGGAAAGUCCGUGAACAAACGCUGCGUGUCGCUGAACGGGCAAACAGAGCGAUCGGGGGCUUUUCUGAAAAGGACAAGGAACACACCACAGCGAACAUGACAGCCAGAGCAAUGAAACUGCUUCCACUGCUUAUAGCGCUCUCUUCGGCCGCUGUUCGAGCAUACAGACCCAUCGCUGUUCAGACCCAUUCGACCAACUGCUCCACAUCCCAGUGGUCCUUUGAUAUGUUCUCAGAGAAGCUAAAGAUCUCAGACGGGUGUAUGGAAGCGCUCGCUGCUGAGUGGACAGAAAGCCAAACCGCGGACGCGUUCAACAACCUGAACCGACUUGCGGAUGUUCUUAAGAAAACCCAAAAAUCAGUGUGUAAGGAUGCCACGCCUAUGGAAUGCCCGACUCCAGCAGUUCAGAGUAAAGGAGGACUGGUGUGUGUCUCUGCUGGCGGGAAUCGCUUUUGUAAACCGAUGUGUAAUGAGGGUUACGACUUCGGGUUCCUGAGGAUUUCCAGGCUGUUCGAGACGUGCGGAAACACCUCUGUCUACGCCACUGGCUACAAGUGGACGACUCAGUACGUGGGCGGCAACAAGCUGGCCGUCUGUAACAAGAGUGGCAUUCGGGUAGCAGGCGCGUCGUCCGCUUACUUCCCUGCGAACCAGGACUGCUGGACGACUAAAAGUAACUCGACGCUGGAGCAGACGAUCGUUAACGCCUUCAAAAUUGAGCUGGGCACUAAAAACGUUAAGGGUCCUUACACGCAUCUCUGUCUGAUGUGUGGAUAAGAAAAAGUAGCUUACUACUGUAUUUCUCUGGUGGGCUGGAAACUGGGAGUAAACAUGAUGAACGAUAUCAUUAGCAUCGUGUUCAGCUUAUGCUUGUAAUACACGUGUAUGGAUCUGGUUAAUAAAGUAAAGGUGUAAACAUGA